AUGAACCACGCCGAAUCGCCCACCAGCAAGCGCAACCCGACCCUCCGUCGGACCACUGCGACGCUGGACAGUCACGCCGCCGCCAGCUCUUCUUCCCGCCGUCAGAGCCGCCGCUCGCGCUCGCCCCGUCCGAAUCUGCAAACCCGCAUCGCCCAAGCGCGCGCCGACGAGCCGUCGCAGAGCGCGUCAGUCAAGAAGAGGAGGUCUGGAACAGCGACGAUGGGUCAGCCCCUCGGAUCAACGCCUCACCCGCCCUCCAUUCAGACGGCGGCGGAAGAUGAGCGAGGGAGGAAGUCCAAGAUCCCCAAGUCGAAGGGGACCGCGCGUCUAGCUGCGGACAACGCCCAGGCAUCGACGUCUCGCGUGGAGCACAGACACUCGGCGAGAGAGCGUUCAAGGAGCCGCGAGUCCGCAAGAGAGUCGCAGGCUCCGACGGAUAUAGGGGAGGAGUCCAGUGUUGAGAUUGUAAAGCUCAGGCGCGAGCUGGAGAAACUACAGAAGAAGGAGCAUGAGCACAAGAAGUCGAUCAAGAAGCAGAAGCAGCAUCUCGAGGAGAUCCGCCAGCAGCUGGCUGCCAAAGAAGAGAGCGUGCGCGAGAGCAAGGAGGAGUUGCAGGGGUUCCAAGCCAAGGCCAGAAAGGCCGAAGAGGCUUUGAGCACCAUCGAAGUGCAUUCGCAAUGCCAUAUCUGCAUGGAUCUCUUACAUAGACCAUACACGCUCCCCGGCUGCGGCCACACCCUCUGCAUGAGCUGCUUGCAAGAGUGGUUCCGGCAAGCACCGCCGGCCGACGGCGAGACGUACGACGAAGAGGAUCCCCAGUACCUCAUGUACCGGACCAAGCACUGCCCCGCGUGCCGCACCAAGGUCUCGCACCGGCCCGUGCCAUGCUUCGUCAUGAACUCCAUCGUCGCCACGCUCGAGAAGGCAAAGGCAGCGGCCGCGCACACGACGACAGGAUCGUCCCCCGCUCCGCCGCGCUCCCCGUCACCGCCCGCAGACGCCGACCCCUGGAAGGGCCUGUUCCCGCCGGACGGCGAGCACGAGCCCGACGGCUGGGACGGCGACGAGUCUCCUGCCGAAUUCGAAGGACCCUCUGAUUCGGACGACGACGACGACGAAGACGAGGACGACGACUCGGACGACAUGUGGUACGACGACAACUUCUCGUACGGCUCCGAUUCGGACGCACCACCCUACGAUGGGCUGUACACCGAGCCGGCGUGGGAGCCGGCGCAGUUCGACGCGGCGACCGUCGCGACGGAGCACUAUCCGCUCGAGGACCUGCUCGAGGACGAUCUGCGCGUGCUCGCGCGCGGCGGGCGGAUCGGGAUGAUGCACGCGUGGGAGCUGCGCUAUGCGCACGAAGAGGGGCUGAGCGCGUUCGACGAGCGCGGGAACCGGUACUUUUUGGGCUGGAAUGUGAGGCUGAGCGCGGACGACGAGGACGGGAACGGGUAUAUGGAGUGGGUGAUGGCGGAUAUGCAGAUUCAUCCGGAGAGGUGGCGGAUCGAGCAUCUCGAGGACGGGACGUACGAUGCGCAUAGGCUCGUGCCGUGUGAUUCGGUCGAGGAGUAUUCGGAUACGGAUUCGGACGAUUAUUAG